CAGUAAUCAAUCAUCGAUUAGCUGAAACACCCACAACUCUCCAAAAUGUUCAAAGUGUGUGUUUUGUUCGCCAUUUUAUCGGUAGCUUUCGCUGCUCCUGCUGCUGAACCGAAAGCCGAAGCCAAGCCUGGAUUGGUAGCUGCUGCUUACACCGCUCCUGUCGUUGCUGCGCCUGUUGCUGCUGCUCCUGUCGCCUAUGCAGCGGCUUACACAUCUCCUGUCGGUUAUGUCGCCCCAGCAGUCUACAAUGCGGGAUAUACCGCUUAUUCGCCGUACACUGGAGCGCUCGUUGUUGUGUAAAUAUGUGUCUGUUAGUAGUUUAGUCAAUAAAAAAUGCAAUGGUCAAGACGAA